GAAAAAAGAAGAGGAGAAACGACAUUUGUCCGACGCGCACCUCCUGUAUGCUACCUACCACGACGAAAUUGCCUGCAUGAUGGACGCUACUGUGUUCCACGGCCUGUGACUAUGUUGGUGACGUCUUUUAUUCUGUGAACCGCGUUGCGAGUGAGCGUUCUUCCGCUAGCAGGUGUGCUUUCCACCUCGUGCUUCGGGCCCAGCUGCAGGGGACGCUGGACAGCUGCCUACCCUGCUGUUAAGCCUACACAAACGUGUUGCUCGCAUUGCGUGACGGUUCGGUGAAACUUUGUGCCCGAGUAUGCUUGUGUCACACGUAGCGUACUGUCUGCUGUGGGUAGCCGUAAGGUUUCUCGACGAUGUCACCUGCGAACAGACGCCGCACCCAGUGAGUGCUGACUUGCAAGCCUUGCGGGAUAGGUACAGCGCUCAUGCGAUUUCCAGAGACCUAGAACACAUCAAGCACGACUUGUCCAAGGUCCUACAUCUGGCCGAAGUCGGUGACCUGAACACGGAAGAGACGACCUUUUAUUUCAUGCGAAUGCACGACUUCGACGAUAACAACCAGCUGGAUGGUCUGGAGAUGAUGCAGGCAUUCGAGCACCUCAUGGAGCACAACAACCAAACCUUCGACGAUCACACCGUUGAAGGUAUGGUGGACAACCUGCUCACCGUGGACGGCAAUCAAGACGGGUUCGUGUCCUAUCCGGAAUGGAUAAACUACAUCAAGACUACGACCCAUGAGCAAGGGAAGAAGACAGAACACACUGAGACGUGAAUCAAAAUAGCUGAUGGACCACAGGAACCUUUUUAUUCCUGAGGCCUCGCAUGAACAACGCUCCGCUCCGCUGUGGUUUGAAGUUUUUAUGAUAGUGGAAGAUUGCGUGGCAUUUGGGUUGGGGUAGAGGAGCACAACAUUCAUGCAUUUUUUCAUCCAUUCUUUUUUUAAAAAAUUAGGACUGUAAUUGAUGGUGCGCUGAACUCAGAUGGACAAUAUACUCCCACUUUCUGCCAGUCGUUGAUUUACACGCUGUAAGCAUCGGGUCGAAUAUCAUUGGUGGGACGUUAUCUGUUGCUGUGCAUUGACGAUACGUUAGGUCUGAUGAUGCCACUCGUUUGUUUAAGCAAAGUAAUAAAUCCAGAUGCGGGGAAAGGCAUGCCUCCCAGCAGUUGUUUUGACUCA